AUGUCCAGCGCGGAGGAAGGACCUUCUGAAGCAAAGCCUCUCUCGAAAGGAGAGCAGGCACAGCACGAGUCAUACGGUGCGCUGGGUGCCGCAGAUGGUAAGCAAGCCGCCGCGACCUCAUGGGAAGCUGAGUAUGCAAGUCCCUGGGCGAUUUUGUUCAAUACCUUGGCAUUGGUUGGCUACCAGAUUGUGGCCAUGGCAAUUAUUGCUUAUCAGGUGUUCUACAGGCGUCACUAUGUCAUGGCAUGCAUCCAUAACGAACUAUGCACUUGGCAGUUGUGGGCUUGUGAAUAUACAAAAGCCUUUACGAGGUUCUUCCCCUUGAUUGCAAUCCUUAUUUCAAUGAGUUUGGCCCGCAGCAUGAUCCUGGUCCAGCGCAUGUAUUACGAGCUGUUGCGUCACGGCGCUGUUCUGCAGUUCAGAGAGUACCAGAAAGACAGAGAGCCGGUCUUCUACAUCUUGACAUUCUGUUUCGUUCAGGGUGCAGCGAACUGGGUGCUGGAUGCAUUUACUCCAACCGAAAGCACUGAUUCGAGGUACUGGACAGAGCCGAGCCCCUACAUGAGCGCGACAGAGAAAUUGCGGCAAGGGAUGAUGUACUUGGCCUUACCCAUGACGGCCUUUAUUUUGUCCAUCUAUUUCACACAUGAGCCGACCUACUACUUGGUGCCACUGAGCCGGUACCUCCAUGCAAGCACCCCAGAAGGAUGUCAGGCGGCACGUCGAAGCUUGGCCGGCCUGGUUUUGGUGCAUGAAGACUUCAUUGCACCCGCGGUAAAGCACAUUGAGGUGCCAGUCUCCAGUGACCCGGAAGCCGCCGAUCGAGCAACCCGUGCUGUUUAUCGGGAGCUGAUCAAGACAGCACAGGACUUGGAAGGAGGUGGAAGCGUGAUGAUGGGGAAGAAGCGCAUGAUCGUCCUGAAGAGCCAGAUAACGGACCGCUUUUGGCCGGCCAGAUUGCUUUUCAACCUCGAGCUGGCAGACGAAGGCAGCCAGCAGUUCCGGCUUGUGAGCAGAUUCUACGAUUUCGUCUGCAUCUUUGCAGCUGCCGUGUGCGCAUUCAUUUUCAUCCAGCAUGCCGUGUCUGAGUUCCGCGAUAUCCAGCGUGGUGAGAUCGAGGAUAGCGCAGCGCUCGUGGUGGAGGAUCGCCCGGUCCGAUUGGCGUACAGCUCCGGCAGCAUCGCCCUGGGCCUCAUGCUGGGCCCCGUGGUCGGUGCAGGCCUGAGCCACGAGGGCUUUUCAGCAGCCGUACGCGUCUGUGCUGUUCUGAGCCUCGUGAAUUGGCUCUUCGUGUUCAGUUCGCUCGCUGAGUCUGAGAACGUGCUGCUGAGAAGACAGCCGAAGGAGGAGAGCCGUUCUGCGUUGGAGUCCCUUCCAAGGCUUGCCUGGCCAUUGUUCUUCGGCGCCUUCCUGGGCAAUGCCGGCAUUGCUGCUGCGGAGUCCUGUGGUGCGCUGUUUGUCAUGGACUCCUACUUCCGGGGCUCCUCCGCUGCAGCGGCGGAAAGCACCCAAUUCUUCGCCUACAACAUGAUGAUCUCUGGCGUCCUCGUGAUCAUGAUCACCAACUUUGUCUUCCCCAUGCUGAUGCACACGCUGAGGCAGCAGAAGACGAUGUUCUUGGGCGUGUGUCUGCGCAUUGUUGGAUACGCUGGCCUGGGAUUGGCACCUACCAAGUGGUGCUUCCUCGCUUCGCAGCUCGCAGUCGUUACCGGCGACAGCCUCGCUGCACCAAACCUCUCUGCUCUACUGACGGAGGUGGUCGGCAAGUCUUCCUAUGGCAUCGCCCUGGGUACUUUGUCCACUUUCCAAGCUGCAGCCAGAGUCUUGGACACGCUGCCCUUUGCGACGAUGUACGAGAAAAUUUCUCAUUCAGCACCCUUCUUGACCGUCGCUGUUCUCGCUGUGGCUUCUGGCGCUCUUUGGUUUGUCGUCUACUGGCAGAUGCAGCUGCAAUCUUUCAGAACCUGUGCUCUGGGGCAUGAGAUGCCCGCCGAGAUUCCAACUCGCUCAGGGUAUCCAGUGAGCUGA